AUGAUUGGCUUCCUAACAUUGGCUGUAAUUGUACAGAGUGCUUUCGCUGGAAACCUCGUAGAAGUUCUCCAAAACGACGGGGAAACAACUCUUAUUGCUCUUAACAUCCUGAAAUAUCACGUGGUCAAGGGGUCCAUCCACAAAGCUGAUGCCUCUAAUGAACUUCAGUUGGAGACUUUGGCGGGAACCAAAAUCAGAUUCAACAUCUACAGUCAUAAUCAUGCUGUGACAGUUGAAGGAUCCAAAAUCACCCACUUUGAUCUGACCGCAUCAAACGGAAUGGUCCACGUAAUCGACACCGUUAUGAUGCCCCCUACAGGAAAUAUCGUGGAUCUCGUGGCCGGCAACAGUGACCUCAGUACUCUCCUAUCAUUGGUCAAAUCAGCCGGCUUAGCUGGUGCUCUACAGGGUGAUGCCCUCACGGUUUUUGCGCCAACCAAUGCAGAACCAAAUUUAGAAAUUCUGGAAUACCAUGUUGUUCCUCACACUGAAUACUCUGCCGGUCUUUACAACCGCGAACACUUGAGGACAUUAGAUAGUCAUCAUGACGUCAUCAGGCUCUCAGCCAGAGGAGAAGCUGUAACAGUGAAUAGAAACGCCCAUGUUAUCCAGGCGGACAUCAGCGCUACUAAUGGAGUCGUACAUCUCAUUGAUCACGUGCUCAUUCCCGCUAGAUAUCAUCUAUCAUCUAUUCUAGGAUAAAACUAAUUUAAAAUAUUUAUUUU